CGACAGCGUUGGACGCAGGGACGCGGCGUAGUGUGUACUAAAUACUAAUUACUAAAGGGUAAAUCGCUAAAUAGUCGUUUUUAUCGUUGUUAAUUGUUAAUUGUGAAUGUGUUCAGUUUUUCUGUUUGUGUGUACUCCGCGUCAAGCCAGAACUUAAUAGGCGCAUAAGCAUAGCUCACAAUGACUCAAUUCCUGCCGCCCAAUUUGCUGGCGCUUUUCGCGCCGAGGGACCCAGUCCCUUACCUGCCGCCGGUCGCCAAACUGCCGCACGAGAAGAAGACCCGUGGCUAUCUGGGCGUUGGGAGUUUUAUGGAUUUGUUUGAAGAUCCCGAAGACACGCCUCCUCCAACAAAAAUUGAAACCCGAGAAGAACGACUAGAGCGCCGUCGUCGUGAGAAGGCCGAACAGGUUGCGUACAAGUUAGAACAAGAAAUUGCUCUAUGGGAACCGCAUUCAGUUGCAAAUGCUACAACAGAUCCAUUUAAAACAUUAUUUGUUGCUAGAAUUAAUUAUGAUACAUCUGAAUCAAAAUUACGAAGAGAAUUUGAACUUUAUGGUCCUAUAAAAAAGAUUGUUGUCACACAUAAUAAGAUUGAUGGUAAACCGAGAGGGUAUGCUUUCAUUGAGUACGAAUAUGAACGUGAUAUGCAUUCUGCUUAUAAACAUGCUGAUGGAAAAAAGAUUGAUGGACGCAGAGUGUUGGUGGAUGUUGAGAGAGCACGCACAGUCAAAGGAUGGCUUCCCAGAAGAUUGGGAGGUGGAUUAGGUGGUACUAGACGAGGUGGACCAGAAGUCAAUUUGAAACAUUCUGGUAGGGAAGAUAAUGAACGAGAAAGAGAAAGGUAUGCUCGUGAAAUGGCUGGUAGUCGUUCCGGACGUAGUGUUACUACAGAAAGAGACCGAGAACGUGAUUACCGUGACCGUGAUAGGGAUCGUGAACGUGAACCAAGGCGUCCUCGUAGUAGAGACCGCGAAAGAAAACGUCAUCGUUCUAAGUCACGUUCUCGCGAACGCAAGAGACGUCGUAGCAGAGAUCGUGGUGCUAGGGAUGCAGAGUAUGAUGAAGUUGAGGAGGUUCCCGUUACCAAAUCUAGAGAUAAAGAUCAUGAUCGUGAAAGAAAAAGAAAGCGCAGUCGUUCUAGGGACCGUGAACGUAAGAAGGAUCGCAAAGAAAGAGAUCAUCAUCGCCGAGACAAGAGUAAAGAUCGCCGUGAUAAACAUGAUAAAGACAAUUCUGAACGUGAUGACAAAAUUCAUAUUAAACAAGAACCUGUUGAUGAAUAUGACAAUAAUUAUGACAGUUACAAUAAUGACUAUGAUAGUUACAACAGUCCUCAUGAUGAUUAUGAUCCAGAUAUGGUUAAAAAAGAAGAACCUGAUGAAGAAACUGCAAAUGGUAGCCGUUACAGCAAUGAUGUAAUAUGAUAUAAUGGACUGUCUUAUACUAUAUUGUCUAUUUUUAACAUAAGUAAAAUUGUAAAACUUAAGACAAAUGGAAUUUAAAAAGUAAUAACUAUUGUUUAGUUCAAUGUUUUAAAACAAAUUUCUGUUUCUAUGUGUUAGUAAGUAUAUAAAUUCCACAUCUUAAUUUUA